AUGAACCCGCGUCGCGCGCUCUCGUGCGCUGCCGCUUGUCUGCUUAUCGUGGCAGGUUGCGCGGUGCGCGGCCAACAAGCGCAGGCCGAGCCCAGAUUGCACCCCGAUACAGAGGAUUACGAUGAGGACUACAGCAACGAAACAGUCGAAAUACCUAAACGUAAGAUCACUAGAUCACUAGGACCACUAGACCACCCUUUAUUACCUAAUUUAAAUAUUUUGCUAGUUAUUGAAAAACAAGAUGUUCUGAUUGCUGUUCAACAGUUCAAGAAGUUGGGAGAGCAGUGUUUUUAUCUGCAAUCCUGCGAGCAUUACGACGAGCACUCGUCCUGUGUCCAAGUCAACCACAACGCAAUCUGCCAAUGCGAUCUUGGCUACCAUUCAGUGUCUUAUCAGCGGCCGACGAAGCGCAUAUUCUGCACUGAAGACAUGUCCGUGCUGACGGCCGACGUGCCCACGCUGCUGGGCGUAUCGACCGGGAUCGCGGUGCUUGCCGGGCUCAUAUGCUUCGUCUUGCAUCUGUUCAGCAGGGCGAGGUACCCGAGGCCGAGACACUACGCUGACGCAAACGAUCCGCCUCCGAUACUAUUUUCAGGAAGUGAGACAGCUUACCCUACUGGAAUUCCUUUAUCUAUGGCAGUUCACGGCAGAUCUUCAUCCAGAGCAAGUCAACGAAGUGCGAUUUCCCUAACAUCAGGAUAUUCGAGGCGUCCUUCGAGUGCUCCACCAGGAUCCAGAGGCGUUUUAGUAUCAGCAUCGCGGGCUGGUUCGCGACGUCCAAGUCUAGCAUCGCUCCACAGUAGGUCGUCAGUACGAAGCUACAGUCACCGUCGUUAUGAACGUGAACUCGAACAAAAGGAAGCUAGACAAGAGAUGAAAAAACAUUUAGCCCGAAUUCAAGCAGCUAAUAAUUUCAAUAAUAAUAAUAAUAAUAAUCACAAUUUGACCGGAAGAAGAGAUGGCCAUUUGCCUAGCCCGAGAAGCCCGAAUUCGACCGACGAACUGUUGCCUACUAUUCUAGACGAUAGCAGUGAUGUAAGGAUAUAUGAAACUGUAAUCAAUAUAAUGGACCUAGUGCUAUGA